UUCCAGCAUCAGUACCGCAAGAGACAACCGUGUGGAGCUUCAAACCCGAUUUGUGGAUAAUUGGCAGGAUUAAGCACUUCCGCGCUUUGCAGAAGAAAAAAAAAGGAUAACACAAACGGUUCCACAUCACGAUGGCUAAAGUUAGUGCGGCUUGUGUGCUUUUGGUUUGCCUGUGGCUGAGAGCGAGCACAGCCCUGCCAGCGUACGAAGAUGAUCGAGAUUUGGACAAAGAACUCUACAUCCGCCAGCUCGCCGAAUGGCUUGCCGAUCAGUCGGCAGACUUUCUGAACGAACUGACCAGCUUCCCGCUCUGCAGACCGUGCAGCUACAACGAACACCGACAGCCGAUAGCCGUCGUCCCGAGGGCACCGUACGCGAAACGUAACUCCGAGCUUAUCAACUCACUGCUAAGCCUUCCGAAAACGAUGAACGAUGCUGGCAAGUAAAAAGGGGUGCCCCGCCCUUUGAAGAACCAUUUGGGGGGGAAAAGCGGGAGAUGUUUGCCCGGGUUUUGCAACCACACCAAAAACAUGAAGUUUUGAAACAGUUUUCUUCCCCAACAUAGUUUUCCGUUUGUUCCUAGCUAAUACAUGCCAUUAUUACUUAUAAUAUUAUUAGGGCAAUAGUAAGCAACAACAAAAAAUAGAAAAGAAUCCAUAUUGAUGUUACCGGAGAACUGGAUGGUGAAAUAUAAGUGAUUUGCUUCUACUACAACCUCUACUACUACUACUACUAAUACUACCACCUAAACCUAUCACUAUCAUCACUACUACUACUACUACUACUACUACUGUAACAUAUUUAUAUUCCACCAAACCCGCUUAUCAGGGAAUGACGGGUUCGGUUAGAUCCUUAUGCAGCGAUUAUACGUGGGGAGAAGACACGGGAGAACGUUGUUUUUAAAAAUAAUAAAAAAAGGGACGAUGGUUACAGUUGAA